UCUAUAUAUAAACGGAAUCUGCCUCUGCAGCUUCUCUCCUCUCUACAUCAGUGUACUAUGGCAAGUAUUGCUGCUCAGCUGGCCAAGGAUAGGUGCUCAGCCCUAGGCAUUGGCACCAAUAAAAACCCGGUAAAAUACUUGAACCAGGACUAUGAGGAGCUGCUGGCACAGUGCCUGGCAUCUGGAAAGCUAUUUGAAGAUCCAACUUUUCCAGCUGCUCAGGCUUCUCUGGGCUUCAACCAUCUUGGACCAAAGUCAAAACAGGUACAAGGGAUCGUCUGGAAAAGACCUGCGGAAAUAAAGGAAAAGCCUCAAUUUAUUAUUGAAGGUGCAAAUCGAGCCGAUGUACGACAAGGAUCUUUAGGCGACUGCUGGUUUCUUUGCUCCAUUGCAUCUCUCACCCUAAAUGAAGAGUGCUUGAACCGCGUGGUUCCAGGAGAUCAAAGCUUUGAUAACAACUAUGCAGGGAUCUUCCAUUUCAAGUUCUGGCAGUAUGGGCAGUGGGUGGAUGUUGUGGUGGACGAUCGGCUGCCAACAAAGGAAGGGAAAUUGCACUUUGUAAGGUCAACAGCGGCCUGUGAGUUCUGGAGUGCCCUCCUGGAGAAAGCCUAUGCCAAGCUGAAUGGGUCCUAUGAGGCUCUAAAAGGCGGAUUACCUUUGGAAGCUCUAGAAGACUUCACUGGAGGUGUCGGUGAAUUAUAUCACUUUGAAAAAGCUACGAACAAUUUGUUCCAGAUCAUUUGUAAAGCUUUGAAAGCAAAGUCCCUGGUCACCUGCAGCAGUAAAUCGGACUCUGGAUCAGGUGAAAUAGUUGUGAGCACCAAUGUGGUGAAGAAUCAUGCAUAUUCUCUGAUCGGUGCUGAAGAGGUCAGCUAUCGUGGAGACACAGUGCAGCUUGUCCGAGUGAGGAAUCCCUGGGGUUAUAAAGAGUGGAAUGGCGCCUGGAGUGAUAAUGCUCCAGAAUGGAAUGAAGUUGACCCAGAAGUUAAGGCUCAGCUGCAUCUGCUAUGUGAUGAUGGAGAGACCUGGAUGCCUUUUUCUUCCUUCUUGGUUGAAUUUUAUCGGGUAGAAGUCUGCCACCUUAAUCUGGACAAUGUAUGUUGUAAUGACAUACAUAAGUGGUGUCUAACUGAAUACAAUGGAAAGUGGACAUCAGGAGUGAACGCAGGAGGAUGCAAAAGCAACUUGACGUUUUGGACCAAUCCACAGUUCUGGGUCAACCUGGAGGACCCUGAUGAGGAUUGCAAAGAAGAGAGUGGGGAGCCACACUGUACAGUACUGGUCAGUCUGAUGCAGAAAGAGCGUCGGAGGAAGAAACCACAAGGACAGAAUUUGUUAAAAAUUGGCUACUAUAUUUACAAGGUCCCUAAACAGGGUCUCACCGAUCUGCAGUUGGGGAAAGAUUUCUUGACGAAAAAUAAAGAAGCAGCCCGUGUGGAUAUUUACAAAGAUCACCGUGAAGUAUCCAACCGGUUCCUACUUCCUGUUGGAAACUACGUAAUCAUCCCAACCACCUACAGUCCUUGUGAAGAGGCGGACUUCUUUCUUCGUGUUUUCUCAGAAAGGAACUCCAAUGGGCUUGAAACUGGCAAUGUGGUGGAAGAAAAUAUCUAUGAGCCUUUAUCAAAUUCUGCCCCAGAAGUGGAGCCUCAGAACGGGUGUGAAGAAUCGGAUGAAGAGCAGAGAGAGGAGUUCGAUGUAGAAGACCUGAGUCGGGCUUUGAAGAAGAAGCUGUCAAAGUAUACAGAUAUUAAAUCUGAUGGAUUUGGCCUGAGGACAUGCAGAGAAUGGAUUAAUCUAAUGGAUGUGGACAAUACCGGGACUCUGAGUGCAGAAGAAUAUAAAACCCUCUGCAUGAAGCUGGAUCACUACAUAAAAAUCUUCCUAGAAGUGGACGCCAAUCACUCAGGAUCCAUCGAUGCCCAUGAAAUGAGAAAUGCCUUGAAAACAGCAGGUUUUAACCUCAAUACCAGGAUUCAGGAGAUCAUUGUACAGCGAUACGUCUCCAGAGAGCUGUCCAUCAACUUUGAAGAUUUUAUAGCAUGUCUGAUACGCUUGGAGACUUUAUUCAAAAUGUUUAAGAUAUUGGACACAGACAAGGGUGGACGCAUCAGUUUGUCCUUAUCUGAGUGGCUCUGUGCUGCACUGAUAUGAAGAGACCCCCAUACACAUACAUGGAAACGGUGACUGGGAAUUGUCUUUAGACAACCUGUUUGCUCAGCAGCAGAAUUAUCUUCUUUUUAAAUGAGUAUAACCCUUAUCAGGAAUAUAAAACAUGACCACUGUAUUGGUUUCAUGUAAUAUUUUUCUGUAUAUAAAAAACAACGAAUACAAGUCAAUAAAAAAUGAAUAUGUUAUGG